AUGGCCAGCAGCAUGAGCAACAACGAGCGCGAUGUGCCGACGGCAAAGCGCAUGCGCGUUGGAGAAAGGACCAUGCUGGCCUGCAACAACUGCAAGCAGCGUAAGCUGAAGUGCGAUGCGCAGAUACCGAUUUGCAAGAACUGUGCGAAAGCUGAGCGAGAAUGCCUGGUUGAAGAUCCCGCAACUGGCCUUCAUCGCCCAAGAGACUAUAUCCGCUCCCUAGAGACUCAAUCAAAGUUUUUGGAAGAGCGCGUAUCGUAUUUGGAGAGUGUCCUCAAGGAAACAAGGCCAGAUGUCGCCCUGGAUCACCUCGAUAGCGAUAUUGCAGUACCAAACCUUGAGAAUAGUCCUGUGGCAUCUGUAGGGAAUCAUAGGAUGCAGGCCAUUGAAUCCGAGAACCCGCGGACGGGCCAUGCAAGGCCGGACGCUGGUGCACAAGGUGCCGACGGUCUGAGUGAUGAAGUUGCACUUCUUUGUCUAGGCGCUGCUGGCCGCGAGCCUCAGUACUUUGGACCCUCCUCAGCAUUAUCGUUCUCCCGGAUAGCCAGCAGUGUCAUGGGUCUGCCCCGACAAAAACGAGCGACAAGUUCACAACCAAGUAUCUCCAAUGACCGCCCCAGUAACGUGAGGCAACUUGAAACGGUCGAGAGGUCAAGAGAUAGGCUCUUACAGGUCUUUCCCUCACCCCACAAAAUGUCAUUACUAUCUCAAGCUUAUUUUGAGAACAUCCACUUGCAGUAUCCUUUCCUCCAUCGGCAAACCAUACUGAGCAUGGAAAAACAUUGGAGGGACUCACAUGCAAGAGGCGAUCUUUCACAAGUUGAAGAUGUCAGCGUAUUCUUCUUGCUCAUGGUUUAUGCUAUUGGAUCCUUGGCUUUAGGGAAGCAUGAAGUUGAUAAUGCAGAGGCAUGCUACACUGCAGCUUUAGAAUUCAUCGUCCCUAUCUUGGAAAUGGACAGCUUGCAGUCAAUACAGGCUAUACUGUGCUGCGCAGUCUAUUCAAUCCGGUCACCUAUCGGAGAUAGUCUAUGGAAACUGUCAGGAAUGGCGAUUCGCCACUGUGUUGAGCUUGGGUACCAUCGGAGUACGAAGAAGUAUCGCCCCACAGCUGAUGCACUGACGAGAGAGAUGUCAAAACGGUGUUUCUGGGUCGCGUAUGAUAUUGACCGCGUGGCAUCAUUUAUCUUAGGCCGACCAGUGGGCAUAGCCGAUAGCUCAAUUGAUGUUGAGCUUCCAGCGGACAUCGACGAUGAGCACAUCACAUCUGGUGGGCUAACAAGUGAGCCUAGGAAUAAGAAUACUGACCCUCCCACGUGUAUGACAUUGGCACUUCAUGCAAUCAGACUUCGUCAGCUAUGGUCCAAGUUCAGCGACGUCAUAUACGCAAAUCUCUUCCACCCAAACAUCGAUGCACGCACGCAGCAAGUCGGCGCUUCUAUUGAGAGCCUGCGGCAGGAUCUAGAAGAGUGGAAAGCUUUGAUACCCAGCGUCACCGGAGACUGCCCGCACGGCAAAACACUGUCCGUCUUCGCAUCCAGAAAUUGGUUUAGUCUAGCCUACGACUACUCUAUCCUAUUGCUAUAUAGGCAUUACAUCGUUGACAGCCGUGGAUGGUAUCAAGGAUCUUUUUCGCCAUCCCAGGUCGGCAUCAUGGAUGCGAGAGACCGCGCGUUUGAGGUUUGCACAGAUCAUGCCCGUAACAUUUGUCUGAUGUAUCGCCACCUUUAUCAGACCGAAGGAGCUUCCGUCCAGUUCACAUGGGGCAGCCUUCACAUCCUUUUCAUGGCAGGAUUGACCUAUCUCUACUGUAUAUGGCGAUCACCGUGCGUGCGCCAGCGGACAAAGCCAAAUGCUGUUAUGAACACCUCUAUGGCCUGCACCACAGUCCUUAUCAUCAUCGCGGAUCGGUGGCCUUCGGCCAUUCCUUACAGAGAUAUUUUUGAGACAUUAUCAGAGCGCACAGUUAGCAUGAUAUGUGAAGAACAGGCGAACCAGCACACGGGUGGUACUAUCUUUUCUGGAGCAGAUGGCGUUGGUGCUACUGAGGUUCCGCCAGCCAUGAACCAGCACGCGAGGAACGGACUCGAUAAUAUCACUGGUACGGAGAACAUAUUUGAUAAUUUCGGCGUCGGGAAUGGGAUGAUGCCUGCCCAGGAAUGGAUAACGGCUCUGGACGAUAUUGAGGCCCCAGGAGAUUCUCAAUGGCUAGCACAAGAACUAUUCCAGGGCUUGGUAGGGGAUUCCUCCUUCACCAUGUAA